AUGUCGCGGUUCUGCCGCCACAAGUACAAGAGCGGGGACUUGGUGUUCGCCAAGUUAAAGGGCUACGCCCACUGGCCGGCCAGGAUCGAGCAAACGGCCGAGGCCAACCGCUACCGAGUGUUUUUCUUCGGGACCCAUGAGACGGCCUUCCUGGGACCCAAGCACCUCUUCCCGUACGAGGAGUCCAAGGAGAAGUUCGGCAAACCCAACAAGAGGAGGGGCUUCAGCGAGGGGCUGUGGGAGAUCGAGAACAACCCCACCGCCCAGGCUUCCGAUUACCUGUUCGCCCAGGGGAAGAGCUGCGCCGAGGGGCUCGAGCCCGAGACGGAGGCCACCGAGGGCUGUGGGGACCCGGAGAGCCACACCGACGGCUGCGGCGGCAGCCACACCGACGGCUGCUGCGGCGGCGUCGACCCGCCGGCAGAGGAGGAGGACGAAAAGAGGCCGCUGAAGAGGAGCGCCAGGGACCCGCCCAAGGACAUCCCCAAGCGUCCCAAGGAGGCUGAUUCGGAAGAAGGGGAGGAGAUGGAGGAGGCGGCCACCACGGCGGAGGAUGCGAAGCCGCUCCUCGUGGAGCUGGAGAACGACCGCACCGCGUCCCGGCCGGGCCCAGCCUGGGGGCCGCCCGCAGCCUGGGGGCCGCCCCCGGGGGAGCAGGAGCGGGAGGAAGAGCCUGCCGAGAGAGAGGCCGAGGCCCCGGGCGUCAGAGGCCCCGAGAGCCAGUAG